CAGAACACUGACAACCUCUUUCAAGAAAUUAGCUGUCAACAAACAGCAACAGAUUGUCGGACUAUUUUCACCUAGUAAGAGCAACAUGCAUUGAUUGGGUAUUGGGGCUUUCGUUCAGGAGGACCUCACGGACUGGUUUAAAGUGUUUGAAGAGGAGUUAACGGGGAACAUCUGAAGAUCCCAGGGUUCCGGCCAUGGCUGACAGCAGCAUGGUAACUUUAGGGACAGCUCGGAGUCUGCUGCUGGAUUCUUCAGUCUGUGAUUCCAGGAUUGUUGAAACCACUAAGGACCAGGCGUUCCUAGCCAUGACCUGUGAAGAUGGGGAAGAUAUGCUACCCAAAGUGGAGACACGUGUUGUUCUGGUGGGAGAAGCAGGCAGAAAUGGAGCUCUGCUCAAAGCGCUGCAGGCCAUCAGAGUAAUGGAGGUACCCGUGGUAAAGAUAAGAGAAGGCGAGGCGGGUUCCGAGGAGAAAAUGAUGAUAAAAUCUAUAGUCACUAUGGACAUCAACACCCCAUUCUUAAAGACCGACAAUGUCCAGGAUAUUGAAGAUGGAGACAGCACAGAUUUUGAGACUGUGUUCAUCCUCACAGACUUUAAUUCCCCUGACUACACCUACCUCUACAAACACGAUAACCGCAUUGUCGGGCCUCCUGUGGUGCUGCACUGUGCUGCAAAGGAAGAGCCACUCCAUUUUUCAUGCCGUCCUCUUUACUGCACCGCCAUGCUUAACCUGUCGCUGUGUUUCACUGGCUUCAAGAACAAGGGGGAAAUGAAAAACCUGGUAAACCUGGUUCAUCAUAUGGGCGGAAUAAUCCGGAAAGACUUCAGCACCAAGGUUACUCAUGUCGUUGCAAAGUCCACUCAUGGAGAGAAAUACAGGGUGGCAGUGUGUAUGGGGACUCCUAUUCUCUCUCCAGCUUGGAUUCAGAAGGCAUGGGAGAGAAGAGACGAUGUGCAUUUUCAUGCCAAUGAUGAGGAGUUCCGAACAGAGUUUAAAGUACCUCCUUUCCAGAACUGCACUCUCAGUUUUUUGGGUUUCUCAGAAGAAGAAAAGGCCAACAUGGAGGAGAGGACUCUUAAACAUGGUGGUCGAUUCGCUGCAGUAGGAGAUGACCAGUGUACACAUGUGGUGGUGGAAGAAAACUCUGUGAAGGAGCUGCCAGUAUUUCCCUCCACAAAACUCUUUGUGGUUAAACAAGAGUGGUUCUGGGGAAGCAUUCAGAUGGAUGGUCGAGCUGGCGAGUCCAUGUACCUGUAUGAAAAGAAUGACAGCCCUGCCAUGAAAAAAGCAGUGUCCCUGCUGUCCCUCGCCACCCCCAGCAGUAACCGCAAGCGGCGCCGUCUGAGAGAAACCCUUGCUCAGCUCACCAAGGAAACCGAAAUCUCCCCCUUCCCACCACCACGCAAAAGACCAUCAGCAGAGCACUCCCUGUCCAUUGGGUCUCUACUUGACAUCUCUAACACUCCUGAAACCUGCAAAGCCUUAAUAGAAGACAGAGUAGGGGACAGUACUGUGACCAGGGAUAAGAUAAGGAGAAGGAAAACCAGAGAAAGGAGAAGUAGGUCAGACAGGCAAGAGAGGAGAAAAAGGUCCCACCAGAGUACGAGUACCUGUCAGCAAACACCUGAAGAGCAGCAGCAAGGAGCAUCUGCAGAGAGUUCAAAGCCUUCCAAGAGUUCAACUCCAGUUGUUUCCAAGCAGUCGGCCCGAUGGCAGGUCUCCAAGGAGCUCUAUCAGACCGAAAGCAACUAUGUAGACAUUUUAAACACCAUCCUACAGCUUUUCAAGCAUCCAUUAGAAAAAGAGAGCCAGGUAGGUGGACCCAUCUUGGCUCAGGAGGAAAUGAAGACCAUUUUUGGCAGCAUCCCAGAAAUCUAUGAGGUUCACACCAGAAUAAAGAAUGACCUCGAGGAGCUCCUCACAGAAUGGUCAGAAAGCAGAAGUGUUGGAAACGUCAUUCUCAAAUAUUCAAAAGAGUUGGUGAAGGCCUACCCCCCUUUCGUCAACUUCUUUGAGAUGAGCAAAGAGACCAUUGUUCGGUGUGAGAAGCAGAAGCCACGCUUCCAUGCAUUUCUCAAGAUCAACCAGGCCAAGCCAGAGUGUGGCAGACAGACUCUCGUCGAGCUGCUCAUCAGACCAGUGCAGAGACUGCCAAGUGUGGCCCUCCUCCUCAAUGACAUAAAGAAACACACGUCAGAUGACAACCCAGACAAGAUAACACUGGAAAGAGCAAUAGAGUCCCUGAAGGAAGUGAUGACUCACAUCAAUGAGGACAAGAGGAAGACUGAAGGCCAGAAGCAGAUCUUUGAUGUUGUCUAUGAAGUUGAUGGAUGUCCCGCCAACCUGUUGUCUUCCCAUCGCACCCUGGUGCAUCGAGUGGAAACAAUCGCUCUGGGAGACGAGCCAUGUGACCGUGGGGAAAAUGUCACACUUUUCCUCUUUAACGACUGCCUAGAGAUUGCGAGGAAGCGUCACAAGGUGAUCAAUACCUUUAAAAGUCCGCUGGGACAGACGAGGCCUCCUCCCCCACUGAAGCACAUAGCUCUGAUGCCACUGUCGCAGAUUCGCAGAGUAUUGGAUCUCCAGGACACUGAAGAUUGUGUAAAUGCAUUCGCCUUGGUGGUUCGCCCUCCCACUGAACAGGAGAACUUGUUGUUCAGCUUCCAGCUGACUGGAGAGGAAAUGGUUAAGAGUGACUGGCUGCGUACACUGUGUCGUCAUGUUGCCAACACAAUCUGCAGAGCUGAUGCGGAGGAUCUUAUUCAGUGCACAGACCCAGACUCACUGCAGGUCAGCACAAAAGAUAUGGACAGCACACUGAGCAAAGCCUCCAGAGCCAUUAAGAAGACCUCAAAAAAGGUAACAAGGGCGUUUUCUUUCACUAAGACCCCCAAACGUGUGAUCCAGAGGGCGUUCUUGGCCAACACCACGCCAGAUGAGAAAAGCCAAAGGCUGAGCUGUGAGAAUCAGCUUUGCAACAGCUCGACGUUGGCUGCUCACCACUCUCCCUCCAUGAUCAAUCUGCCAACUAUGUUUGAGAGGAAGUACCACACAUUCACCCGGUCAACCACCCACCUCUUCUGAUGUUUUGCAGGAUUUUAAACCAACUUCGUCUACCAGCAAGAUAAACUCUAAGAACUUUGCCUAUAUAGUUAAAUCCAGCAUUGAUGCAGGGCCAACCUUUCCAUGUUGCCCAAUCUGAAGCUCUAAAUGGUCUUUCGCGUUCAGGAAAUGGCAUUUGAUAGUGUUUUGGAGGCAAACUUGGCGGUAGGGACAUACUGCUAUUUGCCAGUAUCAGAAUUGUCCCGUUUUCAGUGUUGUCGGGAGCAAAAUAGGAGGAGAACAUAAAAACAGUUGUUCAUCAUCCUGAUGACGAUUUUGAAGCAUAGCCCAUCGAUGUGGCUUGCAAUAACUUCAAGCUGUUAUGGUGUUUUGUCAUGCAGAGGGCUGCCGGUGAGGGACAGCAAAGACUGGUAAGGUAACUGCACAAUUAAAAAAGAAAUGAAGGAGACUCUUUUUGUUACUUUUUACUGAUGCCCUACAUUAACACGGACCACCUCUGUUUAUCUGGUCGGUUUCUUGUUGGAUAUCCUCCAUUGCUAGCAUCAUUUGCUUCGUUUAGUGACGUGUUGACAAUAACUGUAACACAGGAGUACAUAUUUGUUCAGGACCUGUCACUGGAUGUCUCUGGAAUCUGAUCAUUUUAGUUUGCUAAUGUAAUAUUAAUUUCAAAGAUGAUGCUUUUCUAUUUAGCAUUACAAAGUUUAGUCAAAGUUCCUCUCACUGACAUUUUAAAGUACCUUUUUUUUUGUGACAAACGUCUAUUAACUGACAUUUUAUUUUUAGUGGGGGAAAUGUGUUUUUAUCUUUAAAGCUGUUUUAUUUCGCCUAUCUUCUUCUUGUAAACUUAUUGUAGUUUACAGCUUUUAUAAAGCUAUAUUAACACUUCACGGUAUUGGGAAGAAUAAAGCAUAUUACUCUUCUUCCAUGUGUGACUAUUAUCAUCUGCAGUGGAAUGCAUGGAAAGGGUUGUUAUACCAGUGUACAUAUUUCUUAUCAGUAAUUUGACUGUGGCCAAUCUUUUUCUUGCUAUUUAUCUUAAGUUCAAUUUUGUCUGUCAUUUCUUUUUACUGUUUAAUUUGUCAUUAGUUACUUUAUCUCCAUAUUAAAUGCACUUAAACAUGGCUUAUUCCAUUUUGUGUAUGUCUUUUGUAACCAGGCCAUGAAAAGAAAUAUUGGUAACUUGUUGAGGGUGUGCUGACUAUAUAUGGAGAAUCACUGGUGUGGAAAUAAAUCUUUCCCCUCUUCCUUGCUGGAAAAGGGUUUUUAAA